AUGGUAAAUUUUUCAGUUGAUCAAAUCAGAGAAAUCAUGGACAAAUAGGACAACAUCAGAAACAUGUCUGUCAUUGCUCACGUCGAUCAUGGUAAAUCCACACUCACAGACUCAUUGUUAUGCAAAGCUGGUAUCAUCGCCUCAAAAGUUGCUGGUGAUGCAAGAGCCACAGAUACCAGAGAAGAUGAAAAGGAAAGAGGUAUUACAAUCAAGUCCACUGGUGUUUCACUUUAUUAUGAAUAUGACAUCUAUGAACAAUAAGACCUUAGAAAAGUUUUUGAUCAACUUGAUCGAUUCCCCAGGACACUCACAGCUGCCUUAAGAGUUACAGACGGUGCUUUAGUCGUUGUUGAUUGUGUUGAAGGAGUUUGUGUCUAAACCGAAACAGUGUUGAGACAAGCUAUGCAAGAGAAGAUCAAGCCAGUUGUCAUGGUUAACAAAAUCGAUAGAGCUAUCUUGGAAUUGAAGCAUGAUGGUGAAACAAUGUAUUAAAACUUCGUCAGAGUCGUUGAUAUGGUCAAUGUCAUCAUCAACACCUAUUAAUAAGAAGACAUGGGUGAUCUCCUUGUUCAUCCAGAACUCGGAUCAGUCUCAUUUGGUUCAGGAAAGGAAUGCUGGGCCUUCUCAUGCACCAGAUUUGCCAGAAUCUAUGCCAACAAAUUCAAGGUUGAACCACUCAAAUUAUAAGAAAGAUUAUGGGGAGACAAUUACUUUGAUGCUGAAGGAAAAUGCUGGAGAAAAGACAACAUCAGUGGAUCAGGUAAAGCUAUGAAGAGAGCCUUCGUUGCUUUCAUCAUGGACCCAAUCUGCAAAUUGGCUAAUGCUGUUAUGGAAGGAAAUAUGGAUGUAGCUAAUAAAAUGUUUGAAACUUUGGGAUUGAAACUCACAUAAGAAGAAGCUAAAUUAGAAGGAAAGCAUUUACUCAAGGCUGUUAUGUCCAAAUGGAUUAAUGCUGCUGAUACAUUACUUGAAAUGAUUGUGUGCCAUUUACCAUCACCAAGAAAGGCUUAAAAAUACAGAACUUCAUAUUUAUAUGAAGGACCAUAAGAUGAUGCUAUUGCUUAAUCAAUGAGAGAAUGCAACCCAAAGGGUCCAUUAAUUAUGUACGUCUCCAAGAUGGUUCCAACAACUGAUAGAGGAAGAUUCUUUGCUUUCGGUAGAGUUUUCUCUGGUACCAUUGCUACUGGAUAAAAGGUCAGAAUUAUGGGAGCAAACUACAAAGUAGGAAAGAAGGAGGACUUAUUUGAAAAAGCUAUCUAAAGAACAGUUCUCAUGAUGGCCAGCAGAGUCGAAUACAUCCCAGAUGUUCCAUGUGGUAACACAGUCGGAUUGGUCGGUGUUGAUCAAUAUUUAAUGAAGACUGGUACCAUCUCAGACCACCCAGAUUGCCAUUUGAUCAGAUCAAUGAAAUAUUCAGUAUCUCCAGUCGUCAGAGUUGCUGUCUAACCAAAGAACCCAGGAGAUUUACCAAAAUUGGUCGAUGGAUUAAAGAAAUUGUCAAAAUCAGAUCCAUUAGUGUUAUGCACAACUGAAGAAUCAGGAUAAAACGUUGUUGCCGGAUGUGGUGAAUUACACGUUGAAAUCUGUUUGAAUGAUUUAGAAAAAGACUUUGCAGGUAUUGAACUUAUCAAAUCUGACCCAAUCGUCUCAUACAAGGAAACAGUAUCUGCUACCUCAAACAUUGUUUGCAUGUCUAAAUCACCAAAUAAGCACAACAGAAUUUAUGCUUAAGCCACACCAUUACAUGAAAAUUUACCAGAUGCUAUUGAAAAAGGAUAAGUCACACCAAAAGAUGAACCAAAACUCAGAGCCAAAGCACUUAAUGAAGAAUAUGAUUGGGAUAAGGAUGAUGCACUCAGAAUCUGGACCUUUGGACCAGAUAACUCAGGUGCCAACAUCUUGAUGGACAAGACAUCAGGAGUUUAAUACAUGAACGAAUUGAGAGAAUCAAUGGAAUCUGCUUGGUAAUGGUCAACCAAGGAAGGACCACUUUGCGAAGAAAAUCAAAGAGGUAUCAGAGUCAACAUUUUGGAUUGUGUCUUACAUGCCGAUGCCAUCCACAGAGGAGGUGGUUAAAUCAUCCCAACUGCCAGAAGAUUGUAUUAUGCAUGCGAAUUGACAGCUCAACCAAGAUUAUAAGAACCAGUCUUCUUGGCUGAAAUCACUGCACCAAAUGAUGCUACUGGUGGUGUAUAUAACUGUCUCAACACCAGAAGAGGAACAGUCAUUGAAGAGGAAUAAGUUGCAGGAACCCCACUCUCAGUGGUUAGAGCUCAUUUACCAGUCGCUGAAUCUUUCGGUUUCACUGCCCAUUUAAGAGGUAUGACUCAAGGACAAGCCUUCCCUCAAUGCGUUUUUGAUCACUGGGCCAUUGUCAAUGGUAACCCACUUGAAGCUGGAAGCAAAGUUAAUGAUUUAGUAUUAUCCAUCAGAAAGAGAAAGGGUAUCAAAGUCUAAUUGCCAGACCUUAAUGAAUAUUUGGACAAACUCUGAUCUAAAUAUUGUAUGUUAAAUAAAUACAAACAUUCAAUUUUAAAUUAUUAU